AUGAGAGGUGGAAAGACUCACUCGAGUCAAGCUUCAAGGAGUUCGAUCAUUAGGGAUUUCUCAAAGUUUUGUCCAUUCCCCACACCUGGUCUUAAAGAACAUAAUCAUUUUGCAGAAUAUAAAUCUGUAGAAGAACAACGUAUAGAUGAAGAUAUUGCAAAGCUUAAGCAUUGGAAACGAUGGGGUCCUUAUCUAUCUGAACGACAAUGGGCUACUGUUCGAGAGGAUUAUAGUGAAAACGGAGAUGCUUGGACUCAUUUCCCCCAUGAACAUGCUAGAAGUCGUGCUUAUAGAUGGGGUGAAGAUGGUCUUGGUGGAAUCUCUGAUAAUCAUGGUCGAUUGGCUCUCUCUUUUGCACUCUGGAAUGAAAAGGAUCCGAUCUUGAAAGAACGUUUGUUUGGGGUCACUGGUCAUCAAGGCGAGUUCCAAGGCAGAUCAUGCAAUCACGGCGAAGACGUAAAAGAGGUCUACUAUUACCUUGACUCAUCUCCGACGCAUUCUUAUAUGAAGUACCUUUAUAAAUAUCCUCAAAGAGAGUUUCCAUAUGCACAACUCGUACGCGAGUCAGCCAAUCGAAGUAGAGAUGUAGCAGAAUACGAAAUUCUUGAUACGGAUGCCUUCGAUGAUAAUCGCUAUUGGGAUAUUUUCGUUGAGUAUGCGAAAGACGAGGACAACGAGAAUGCGAUGUCUAUUCGAAUCGCGGCCUAUAACCGUGGUCCGGAACCAGCAACUAUACAUAUCGUUCCUCAAGCAUGGUUUCGAAACACCUGGUCAUGGCCAAAAGAGCGACCGGAAGGUAAAAAAAUGCCUUCGAUGAAUCUCUCUCCCACCGAGCAAGGAUCGGAAACCUCCCCUUACGUAGUUGAGAUCAAUCAUAGUGAAUUAAAGGAGAAGUUUUAUUUGUAUGCUAAUCCAAGUCCUGCUGCUGCAAGUGCGCCUAGUAAGCAAGGAGAAGUGGUCGAAACUGAAGAAGUAGUCCUACCCGAGAUGCUUUUCACCGAAAACGAAACGAACUUUGAGAGAUUAUAUGGAGGUCAGAAUCGAUCAUAUGCCAAAGAUGCAUUUCAUGAUCAUAUCAUUCCUAAACCAUACGUACCGCGCCAGUAUGUAAAUCCAGAGAUGAAAGGAACAAAAGUCGGGGCCCAUUACGUCUUCAAAGAUGUACCACCUCGCGGUGGAUGUGCUGUAGUUAGAUUCAAGCUGACUAACAAAACAUCAGAAGAAGACCCGUCAAUUGCAGACGAAGAAAGCUUUGAUAUUAAAUUAGAAGAACGUAGAGAAGAUGCAGAUGAGUUUUAUGCGAGAUUCAACCCAGGUUCGGGGCUUAGUGAAGAUUUAAGAAAUAUCAUGAGGCAAGCUUUAGGUGGAAUGUUAUGGACCAAACAAUUCUAUUACUUUGUGCAAAAAGAAUGGAUCGAAGGUGAUCCUGGUCAACCUGCUCCACCGCCUGGAAGGAAAUGGAUUCGUAAUAAGGAUUGGAAACACAUGCAUAUCGAGGAUAUCUUGUCUAUGCCUGAUAAAUGGGAGUAUCCAUUCUUUGCCGCUUGGGAUACGGCGUUUCACUGUAUCCCUCUAGCGAUGGUUGAUCCUUCUUACGCGAAAAAUCAACUGGACAUCAUGACCCGUGAAUGGUACAUGAAACCCGAUGGGGCACUUCCGGCCUAUGAAUGGAAUUUUAGUGAUGUCAACCCUCCGGUACACGCUUGGGCCACAUUCAGAGUGUUUAAAAUUGAGCGUAAGAUGUAUGGACGUGAAGAUUUGCCAUUCUUGGAAAGAGUCUUCCAAAAGCUUUUACUUAACUUUACUUGGUGGGUAAAUCGUAAAGAUGCGAGUGGACAAAACGUAUUCGAAGGUGGGUUCUUGGGACUUGAUAAUAUUGGAGUCUUCAAUCGAUCAGAACCGCUUCCCACGGGUGGAACGUUACGACAAGCCGAUGGAACUGCUUGGAUGGGAUUCUUUGCGUUGAACAUGCUCAAUAUGGCCUUAGAGUUAGCCAAGCAUAAUCCAGUUUAUGAAGAUAUUGCAUCAAAAUUCUUUGAACAUUUCCUUUUUAUCUCUGAAGCAAUGACUUUCGGGGAUCCUAACGAUGAACAGUCGAGUUUAUGGAAUGACGAAGACGGGUUUUACUACGACGCAAUCAGUUGGGGAGUAGGCCACUCACGACAGUUACCUGUGAGGUCCUUAGUGGGGUUGAUCCCACUAUAUGCAACCUUGACGCUUGAGCCAGGAGUCUUGAAACGAUUUCCGGGAUUUAAGAAGCGUAUGGAUUGGUUCAUUGAGAAUCGACCUGAAUUAGCUUCAAAGAAUAUCAUUGCUAAUAUGAGAGGAGUAGGAAAGAAUGAGAGAAAGCUAUUGGCACUUGCUAAUGAGAAAAGACUGAAGAGUAUCUUAGAGAGGAUGUUGGAUGAGACUGAGUUCUUGAGCGCUUAUGGAAUUCGAUCUUUAUCUUUGCAUCAUAAAGACCAUCCUUUCAAGAUGGAAGUCAAUGGAGAGGAGUUUAGUGUCGAUUACUGGCCUGGUGACUCAAAGAGUGGGAUGUUCGGAGGCAAUUCGAAUUGGAGAGGACCUAUUUGGCUCGCGACGACGUUCUUAUUGAUUGAGAGCUUACAGCGAUUCUACCAGUAUUAUGGAACGACUCUACAAAUUGAAUGUCCUAAAGGAAGCGGAGAUAUGAUGAAUUUGGCAGGGGUUGCGGAUGAGAUUCAACAUCGAAUCAUUCAUCUCUUUGCUCGUGAUCCUGAAGGUAGACGAGCUUAUAAUGGUGGAAUGGACAGAUUAGAUAAAGAUCCAUUCUUUCGUGAUCAUAUUUUAUUUCAUGAAUUCUUUCACGCAGAUACCGGCAAAGGCUUAGGAGCCUCACAUCAAACUGGUUGGACGGGUUUAGUAGCUUGGAUGAUCUUCCAAACUGGGUCUUCUGCUAGAUUACCACGUACACCAAGGACUCCAAGAUCGGCUGCUGAUCAUUAUUUUGCUGAGAGUGUCCCAGCUACUCCGGCUGCUAGUGAGCAUGGUAGUGAAAUGGGCAGUGAGUAUGUCUCGAGUGGAGGACGUGCAGGAAAUCAACAGGCUGGAGCCGAGUUAUCGCCUGAUGAGGUAAGGUUUCAUUUUUAUUUUCUAGCUCUCGUUUUCGAAGAUAGUCAAUGA